AUGAGCUCCCGAGUUAGAUUCAUCGAUGUUGGACUUAACCUCACCGAUCCUGUAUUUCGAGGAUUACAUAGGGGGAAAAGAAAGCACCGGGAUGACAUAUUAGAUGUUAUCAAACGAGCAAAAGCUGCCGGCGUACAAUCAGCCAUUUUGACAGGGGGGAGCUUACACGAAUCGAGCGAAGCAUUGGAUCUCGCUGCACAAUUUGGAUAUUAUGCAACAGUCGGAUGUCACCCAACUCGAUCCAGUCAGUUCGACUCGUUCAAAGGUGGACCGGAGGUGUAUCUCGAAAGGCUGGACCAAUUGAUCGCAUCACAUCUUACCGGCACAGGGAGAUGCGUAGCGGUCGGUGAAUGCGGUCUCGACUACGACCGGCUCCAUUUUUCUCCGAUCGUCACUCAACAGAAACACUUUCGCUCUCAACUCUCGCUCGCAAAAAAGUAUCAUCUGCCCCUCUUCCUACACGUGCGUGCCGCGCACGAAGACUUUGUCCGUAUUUUGAAGGAGGAAGGAUUUGGGGAGGAUGGCGGACGAGCGUGUGAAUGGGUGUUCGAUGAAAACGGACCAAAAUCUCGCGACAACAAAGGCUAUACCCCUUCAUCGAUUGAUGGUAGAAACUGCUGUCAACCUGAGAAGUUUAUCGAAGGCCGAGUGGUUAAAGGUCGCAACGAGCCUUGUGCAAUAGGAGGGGUUGCGUGGGUCGUCGCCAGUCUCAAGAACCGCGAACUGAUCGACGUGAGCCGUGCGGCAUGGAAUAAUACCGUCGAAAUGUACGAUUUACACGAGUUGAUGGAUGCAGAAUAUCACGAGGAUAUCGCAGCACGCGAUGCAUCAAAAGAUAAACCUGUGGAGAAUGGUGGAGUAGUUGAUGGUGGAGCGAUGGAUGUAAAAACGGAGGCAAAAGAGGUAGAUCCUACGGAGAAGAAGAUACGGAUUCUCAAAAAAAAGUUACAAGCGAUCGAGCAAUUGAAAGCACGGAGGGACAACGGUGAUAGCUUAGAAGCGACCCAAUUACAGAAGAUUGAGGGGGAGGCUGAUUUAUUGAAACAACUCGAAGAGCUAGAGAAGUCAUAA